AUGUUCUUAGACUGGUCAACAAUGGCGAGAGGAGGAACAAAGAGAAAGAUUGAGAUCAAGAAAUGUGAAACCAAAGAACAACGAGCGGUGGCUUACUCUAAACGCCGUAAAACGCUCUUCUCCAAAUCCGCCGAGCUCUGCUGUUUAUCCGGUGCAAACAUCGCCGUCUUCGUUACCUCUCCGGGAGAUAAAGCCAACGUCGCCUCCUCCUUCUCAGGUCACGCCUCUGCCACCGAGAUUGUUGAUUGUUACUUCAAAGGCACGCUUCCUCCGAAGAUUAGUGUUCCUGAAUCCAAAUUAGGGCUUUGGUGGACAGAUCCGGAUCUUUACAGUUCUUGUGAUGAUCUCUCGCAGUUAGAUGUCAUUGAGGAUCUUAUUAAGAGGACCAAGAAGGAUUUGAUGGAUUGCCUUGAGAAGCAAGAAAACUCAAGGGUUUGUUGUUUUGAUUCCCGUCAAAACCCUAACUCCUCCUCACAAGCCGUCACUAUGUAUCAGAACACUAGCAAACCUCUCGACGGAUCUUCACAAGUAAUCUAUGGUGGUGAGUCUUCUUCAGGUCAACCUCGUUACUUGGUGAACAAGGAUGUUGGUAACUGCUUAUGGGAGACAGAGAAAGAGAAUAACCUAAUUAUGAGUUUACCCCAAGAAACAGAACAAACACAGUCGAUUACCAACGUGGAAGGUGGUGAUGAGGGUCAGAGCUUUUGGGAUGAACUCUAUAACGAAGAUGGUUUUGGUCUUAAUAACGGUGAAGACGAUGUCAUGAUCGACAUUGGAGAAUUUCUCAACGAUAUAGAAAGUGGAGGAAGUUAGUCAAUUCACAGCUUUUAAU